AUGGGCGUCACCAGGAGCUACCGCGAGCGCCAAUCCAAGGAUAUGGACCUGCAAAUUGCUGCAACGCCUCGCUUAAACGACAGCGAUGACGAAGAAGAAUACAGCUUGUGCUCGUAUGAGCCCAUCGACCUGCUUCAGGACGCUGGCAUUAACACGAUAGAUAUUGCGAAACUUAAGAAUGGUGGUUUUGCAACGAUCGGACAGCUCUUUCAAGUUUCCCAGAGGAAAUUGUUGGACGUGAAGGGGAUCAGCGAGUCUAAAAUGGACAAGCUUCUUCAAGCAGGCAGAAAGCUAAUGCCCGAAAAGAGCGGGUUCGUCUCGGCCAACACACUCUACUUGCAAAGUCUACGCAAAGUUUUCAUCACCACAGGAUCAAAGCAGUUCGACCAAAUUCUGGGGGGUGGCUUGGAAACUAUGUCCGUUACAGAGGUCCACGGUGAAUUUCGUACAGGAAAAACACAAUUGUGCCAUACGCUCUGCGUGACAGCGCAAUUACCCCGUUCACGAGGUGGAGGGGCUGGAAAAGUCGCUUUUGUCGACACGGAAGGAACAUUUCGGCCGAAUCGCGUCGCCGAGAUUGCAAAGGAACGAUACAACCUGGAUCCACAGGAUGUUCUUGACAACAUCAUUGUAGCAAGGGCUCAUAGCCACGAUGCUCAGAUGGAUUUCGUCAUUAAACUUGGCGUUAUUUUCGCGGAUCCUGACCAGGGUCCCUUUCGUCUGUUGAUCAUUGACUCGGUGACAGCGUUAUUUCGCUCAGAUUUUUCUGGAAAAGUGGAGCUUAGUGAAAGACAACAGCGACUCAACCAACAUCUUGUUCGGCUUGUAAAGCACGCCGAGGAAUUUAAUAUCGCGGUUCUUGUGGUAAACCAAGUGAUGGCUGACCCGGGAGCUAAUGUGAUGUUUGGGUCCGCGAUUAAGCCUGUCGGUGGUCAUGUGAUGUCACAUGGAGUUCACACGCGUAUACUGAUGAAGAAGGGGCGAGCUGACAAUCGCAUCUGCAAAAUCAUCGACAGUCCAUGCAUGCCCGAAGCUGAGUGCUCCAUCCAGCUAUACACGGGUGGAAUCACGGACUCAAACGACUAG